CUUGUAACAAUGUCGAGCCGAGAGGAACUCACAACGCGAUCUGUUUUAAUCACAGGUCUCCCGGGCAAUGUUAAUGUCUUGGAGUUUGUGAAUGCUUACUUAUCUGAGAUUGGUAUCCAAACGUCAGCUGAAACUGUGGACUAUGUCGGUGAACCCGAAGAGACCCAGGGCAAGCACGGAUAUGUUGUGUUACUUAAAUCAAUGAUCGAUGCACGCAAGAUACUGGCCGAGCACCUGAUGUCAGAGUGUAGGUAUGAGGGAGGCGUGUCGACAAUAUCGGCGGUGAGGUGUCCCGACGAGCUCAUACCCGAACCUUGGCUGGAAGAUCCUCCACGUUACAGCACGGUAUCUCCAGGCCAUGGAUCAAAUUCCCCAUAUCAGACACCUGGUAGUGGGUAUCUGGCGCAUCUGUCAACUAGAGAUCAUCCGACUGCUGGCCAAUCCUCACAGUUAUCUCCAGAGACACCUAGAAUUCCCCAAGGCCCACAACAGAAUGACCAGGGACCCAGAAAUCAAGGGCCACAGGACGCUCUUCAGAACAUGAUCCCAACAAGAGAACCUGGUGGAUCACCAAGACUGCAACAUGUCGAAUUCACACAGAACAUGCAUCAAGGACCUGCUCGACAGAUGCACCAAGUAGGUCCUCCGCAGAACAUCCAGACAGUCUUUCCUGAGACAUAUCCACAUCCUGACACUGUACAGCCAUGCAAUUAUGACCCUUGGAAUCUCCCGCAAAACCCGCAACACCCACAACACCCACAACACCCACAACACCCGCAACACCCACAACAUCCACAACACCCGCAAUACCCGCAACACCCACAACACCCGCAACACCCGCAACACCCGCAACACCUACAACACCCGCAACACCCGCAAUAUCCUCAAGCAACUGGACCCCCUCAAUAUGGCAAUCCUGGGAGAAUUCCACAACCAGAUCCAAAUAACUAUUUCCCAUACCCACGAAGCUACCAAGGAGCUCAAAACUAUCCACAAGGACGCCAAAUGCAUCCACAGGGUGCACCUUCUCCCCACCAAUUGUUUGGGGCACAUCUCCAAGAGCAGACAAUACCCAAUCAACAACGAUCUGCCUCUGAACACCCAGGUCCCCAACCUAUCCAGGACUCACACAAACAGGAUGAACUGAAGCGUAGAGCCACACCAGAGGACUGUCCCACUAUCCUGGAAGUGAAAGGUAUACUGCCCUCCACGACUGAGGAUAGUGUGAAGCUGUAUUUUGAAAACAGGCGGAGAAGUGGUGGAGGAGAGGGAGAGGUGGUUAAGGUGGAUAUGAAGAAGGGGAAGAACAAGGCUCUGGUCUUCUUCAAAGAUCCUGAAACUGCAGAACGUAUCCUCAAAAUGAAGUCCCAUCUGAUUAACAAACAACGUGUGGAGGUUUUGGCUUACACGGAACCCCCCUGCCAUACGUCCGGUGCUGCUGCUGCUGAUGAUGAUGAUGACGAUGAUGAAGACGAUGAAGAUGAUGACAAACAAGAACAGAGCACUAUUGAAGUUCGGGGAUUUGAACCUAAUACAAACCCUGAAACUCUGGAACUUUACUUUGAAAACACUAAUAGAAGUGGAGGCGGAACGGUGACAGGAAGUGAAAGAAAGGAUGAUGUCAUCUUCAUUACGUUUGAGUCUCCAGAAGUGGUCCAAAAAGUACUGAAAAGGAAACACAAGGUCGAUGGAGCAAAUCUGACACUGAAGUUACAUCGCCCAAUACCUUGCUACAAGAACAGGUUUCUUGUGACUGGCGUGAGCAGCACAACUAACAAGGAGAACUUAAUGCUCUUGAUGGAAGCACGGGCACAUGGAAGCAUCGUUACUGAAGUCCUGUAUGGGGAAGAGCCCGGGAAAGCAUUGGUAACUUUUGAGGAUCACAAUUUCCCAGACUUCGAAAGAUUGCAAGAAGAGUGCAGGAGAAGGAAGUCUGGCGGACAACACAUCAUGGUUCAUAAAGUACCUGUAUGUGACAGUGUGGUUGUAAGGGGACUGAAGGCAGAGUCGACUGAAGACACUGUGCAAUUAUACUUUGAAAAUAUAAGAUCUGGCAACACUGAUGGAAUCCCAGCUACAGCCUCCUUGCACAAUGGUGAUGGGUAUUGCAUUGUCAAGUUUGAGGAUUAUAGAGCCAUAGAUAAAAUCCUUCCAAAGCAACACACGAUUGGUGGUGCAAAACUGACUGUGACGCUUUACAUGGAAUGUCUUGGACUAGGCAGUGAGGAUACGGAUGGAUCUUGGUACACACAACCAAAACCAUUUACUGUCCAAGACCUUGACGAAACCAAAUGUAGGUUUCUGCAAACCUCAAAGACUGAUAAGGAGGAGCUCAAACGGAGACUGAAAGAGCGACAUGCCGAAAUCAUAUGGCUAUCUGUCUUUUCUGCAACGAUGACAUGCACGCUCAACAAGGAUGCCCCAAAUGCUGUCAAGCUAGCAAAAUCUUGGCAUAAAGACACAGAGGACUAUCUGAAAGGUUUUAUUGAUCACUUUAAAACUGAAGAAUUUACAACCCUUGAACAGAUGUGGGGGGAUGUGAAGAAGAAUUUGACCGAUAUCCCCAAGUCAAACUCUGUUCUCGUUGAUACGUUUGAUGCAGAACAUAAGGUGAUAGUAGUCGGUCAUGCCAGAGAAGUACAGCAAGUCGGUACCAAAGUGAAGGAAACUGUAGAAGGCGUAGAGAACGAAUUCAAAAGAAAACAGAAGGAGAUUACUGAGCCGAUCAAAUAUUUGAAGCCACUUCAGCUCCAGCUCCUUGAGAUGGAUGGAUAUGUAGCAGAUAUUGAGAAGCGGUAUCCUACAGAUUUGAAAGUGACCAUCAAUGUCGAACGUAACGAGAUGAUUUUCAAAGGUCAAGUGAACGAAAUCAACGAGUGUAAAGUUUUAAUGUAUGAGAGAUGUACGAGUUACAGUUCACAAAGACUUACACUUUCCCAGGGACUGGUUUCCUUUCUAGAUCAAAAGGACGUGAAGACUAUGGUCAUGAACAAACUGAAGGAUAAGAAGAUCAAUGGAGUAUGGGAUAUUGAAAGCAAAAAUGAAACUGUAAUUGUCAUGGCAACGACGGAAGAAAAUGGUGCUGCUCUAGGGCGAACGCUCAAAGAGAUGAUCGUAGAGCAUCGUGAGCCAAUUGAUGAAGAAAAUACCUCCCUUUUGUCUUCUGACAAGUGGGCAGCCUUUCAAAAAGCAGCAGUGGCGAGAUAUGGCAGUUUUGUGAGUCUAAACAUUGACCGGAAGGCCUCCCAUGUUGUAAUUGUUACCUUUGACAACACAAUUAAUGAAAUCAAAGAGGAGGUUCGCAACUUUAUCCUACAGAACUCGGUGUAUAGGCAGAUAGUGAAAAUGCCCAGCCCAGUCUACAGAUUCCUUCGUGUGUAUAGAGAAAGCGAGCUCAAUGAUAUCAGCCAUGACAUGGUGAAACACAGUGGCAAACUGGACUACAAAUCGACAGCACAACAGAUAACAGUUAGUGGCUGCCAGGAGGCCCUUACCAACGCUGUGCAGGAUUUGACAAGUCUUGCAAGGAAAGUCAUUAAUAAGAAACACACCCUCAGGAAGUCUGGGAUCGGAAGGUUCAUCAAUUCUGAGAAUGGGAAGAAAGGCAUUGGCUUAACAGAGAAAGAGAGUCAAUGUAUCAUAGAAACGUCAUUUGAUGAAUCAGUCAAAGUAAGAGUCGAAACGAUUGGCGUAAUACCUGCCUCAGUCUCUUCUUCCCCACGGGGUAGAAACCCAACUGGGACCAGAGUUAUCGCUAGCUGUGACAUAGACUCGAAAAGAAGAAUUGAUGUUGUCAUAGGUGAUAUCACAGCUUUGGAGGUUGACGUCAUCGUCAAUGCAGCUAACAACAGGUUAGAUCACAUUGGAGGAUUGGCAAAAGCCAUAGCAGAUAAGGGUGGACCUACAAUUCAACGGGAGAGUGAUGAAUACACUAAGAACAAAGCUAAGAACAAGGCUUUGAGAGCGGGGGAUGUUGUAACUACUGGUGCAGGACGUCUCCCCUGUAAAAUGGUUGCCCAUGCCGUCGGUCCGUGUUGGUCUGGUGGUCAUGCUGGAGAGGAAAGAGACCUGAAAGAUGCCAUCAUGUUAAGCAUGGAGAAGACAGACAGACAUGGAUACAAGUCUAUUGCGUUACCUGCUCUUAGUGCUGGGAUAUUUGGGUACCCAGGAAAUCUUGCUACAAGGCACAUUGUUGAGGCCAUUAAGAAAUUCUUCACUCUGGAGAGUCCAAACAGCGGCGUGACGAAUGUGUACCUGAUUGACAUGAGCGGGAAAACCACCCAGCUGUUCGCCGAGGCUCUACAGUUCGUGUUCAGUGAUCGAAGAGUGGCGCUGACACAGAGCAACAAUACAACUGAUUUACGCCCUCCAAUAGCUACAAAACCCAAACCAGUCACUGGUGGUGUCCGUGUCCUUCCAACUCAAGGACAAAAAGCAUCUUCACACAGCAAAGUGACAAUUGUCAAAGGCGAAAUUGCGAAACAAAAAGCUGAUGCUAUCAUAAACUCAACGUCCAACAACCUUGAUCUUAACAACGGAGCUGUGUCCAAGUCGAUUCUGAAAGCUGCAGGGAACACAAUACAGGAUGAGCUGUCAGUGAAGUAUCCCCAAGGAAUAAAACCGGGAGAUGUUGCUGUCAGUUCUGGAGGAGACUUGGGAUGUCGUGUGUAUCAUGCCUGUCUGUCCACUGCAAGUGCCUCUAGUUCUGAUGUUCUUCAGAAUAUCAUUCUGAAGUGUUUGCAAACAGCUUCUGAUGACGGAUGCCGAACCAUUGCCUUCCCAGCCCUAGGCACAGGGAACCUGGGCUAUGCACCUGACUUCGUGGCUCAGACUAUGUACACAGUUGUCAAUAACUUUCAAGAGAGAAGCACCGCACUGGAAGAAGUUCGAGUAGUGAUUUAUCCAUCAGACAAACAAGUCAUCCAGGCCUUUGAAAAGUAUAAAAGACAAAUGGAGACAGGAGAGAUAACUGAGCCAGCAGUUGGGAUAAAGGAUCGCCGUUCUUUCUUUGAACAACUGAGCACUGAAGAUUCAUUGGUAUCCGAGACUGAAUCGGACGGACUUCAGAUUGGACGGCUCAACGUUCAGAUCAAACAAGGGGACAUAACCAAGGAGGACGCUGACUGCAUCGUCAACAGUACAAACCCUGACCUGGACCUACAAAGAG